CCAAUAUGCAAAACAUAGCUGGAGGAAUGAUGUCCUAUGACAUGGGAGGUCUUCCACUCCGUGAUGUACCACCUAUGCCAAUUCAUGCUUUGGCUACGGCUCUGGCGAAUGCUCCCCCCGAACAGCAAAGGACGAUGCUUGGAGAGGCUUUGUAUCCUCUGUUAGACCUGUUGGAACAUGAGUCAGCAGCUAAGGUUACCGGCAUGCUUUUGGAGAUGGACCAGCCUGAAGUAUUGCAUUUGAUAGAAUCACUUGAUGCUCUCAAGGCUAAAGUUGUUGAAGCCAUGGAUGUCCUGAGAAAUGUUUCUCAACAAGGCAAUAGUUCAGCGGAUCAACUAGCUUCACUUUCCCUCAACGACAAUCUUGUAUCUUAGAUUCUUUGAAUUGUGCAACAUUGAGGAUCAGGCCAACAUUG